AAAUCUACAUCUUGGACCAACACUUCGAGCGAGGGAAGUCCAAAAUGUAGGAGUUCGAUGCUCUAUUGGUGUUUAUAAUUUUAUGUAUUUUGUGUAAAAGUAACCUAUGUAUAAAUCCGUGUAAGUAGCUUUACGAUCUGGAAAUUCCGUAUUACGCCAGUGUUCAGAUUCUUCCUGCCCACUGCGCACAGUGGGUAUAAAAGCGCGGUGGCAGUGAGCUCAUCGAUUCAGUUUAAUUUGGAUGCUCCGCACGACUCGACGAUGCUUCACUCAAACUAUCUUUUUCUGAUCGGCGGUUGCUGCCUGGUUUUCGCUGUCUCAGCGCAGAUUCCCAUCACGCCGCGACGUUGCCCGGCGAACGAGACUUUCCUGGCCUGUGGUCCCGAUUGUCAAACGGAGUGCGCCACGCUAGGAAAGCCCUGUCUGGUCAGGCACAUCCGAUGUCCAGAUGGAUGCUACUGCAACAAGGGCUUCGCGAGGAACGCCGCGGGCACGUGCAUCCCCCUUCGGCGGUGCAACGAAGGCGGCUACGGAAACUGAAUUAACUGAGCAUACUGUCAAAUUAGAAGCAGCUGAAACACUGAAAAUGGCAAGACAAUAAAGUUCACUGGCAUUGUGUAUGGCGCCUACAAUGCAAUGAUAAUGAGGCCACAGCAUGGCUGAAAUCGAACUAGCGAUAUGUGGGUGCGAUUCUGAUGGAAGUGCAAGCCU